GGAUCCUUGUCUCACACCCAAUGAACUCACAAUAACCUGAAUAAUUGGUGAUGCUAGCCAAGGCGUGCUAACCCAUUAAUGGCCCCGCUUCAGUCUUGAGCCCUUCAGCGUCUCUAGAACCCGCACUCUCCCUCGCACUGUCCUCUCUACUUCCAUUCAACAAUCUUCACUCAACCAAACCCAUCCGAUCAAGCCCACUCGGUAUGGCUUCCUUAAAUGACAGACUCAAAAGCCGCUCAGAGUUUCAUAUAUUACAUAAGGAUGCAAUAGACGCUGAGCUCGAGGAAGCAGGCUAUGACGACUCCAAUGCAUUCUGGCACAAAGCCCGGUUAUUCACGAGAACCAUUGCUAGUCGAUACGCACAAACUGGGCUUACUCAUCCUAUAGAGCUGUACGAGUACGACCUCCGCGAGCUAUGGUAUAUGUGCGUACAAGGAGCCAGACUUAUAACUGCAGACCACCCUGCGCAAGACAGAUUGGUGAGCCAAGUGCUACAUACAAGGGAGAUGGGUGUUCUUUCUCGGAAGAUUGUGGAUUCAAAGGAGAAGAGGGAUGAUCCAGAGAUGGAAAUAGCAACUACCUCCGAUGGUAACAUAUGGAGCGAUCUUCCUUUCCUCGUGGAAGAAAUACGAGCAGCAUGGGCUAUCUCCACAAGCAUCCCUGCCGCCCAGCGCCACAACCUAAGUGCUUUCGUCGCCCGACUCGCCUCUGUUGGAGUUCGUGAUCCUGAGUUGUGCCUGGUUGCGAUUUGGAUCCUGCGUGAUACCCUUGAGACCCCGCGGCCGUUGACAAGUGGAGCAGAAGCUACUAGCCACGAUUCUGAGAAACGCCUGACUACUAUUGCGGACCUUCUACCCGCCGCAAUAGUGUGGUUUCAGUACUGCGGCCACAAAAUCGAAACCCUCUGCAUUCUGAAUCAGAAUUUCGAAUCCGGUCUUUCAGAAACGGGGGAGUUGGCCAAAAACGCACAGAUUAUGCCCAAUUCGGGAUUUAGUGCAGCCAGGUGGAUAUUUUGGAGGGAUAGGCUUGAAGAGAUCAGUCGUUGUGGGAAUGAAGAGGUCGCACCGCUGGCAUCGAAAGCAUGGAAAACGAUGAAGUUCUGGGGUGAAAGAAUUGAGUCUAUAGAUGGCACCAAGCAGGACAUGGAGUGGUAUUAUAAGAGAAAGCAGUGAUAUAGGGUAGAAGACGAUAUAAAGGCUCUAGGUCUACUUUAAUCGAUAUACAUGGGAUAUUGAAAGGCGGAAUUGGAAUUCAUGAGAAAAGUUAUCUGGGUUGUUCUGAGUGAUGGCCCACAAGAUAUGAUGUUGGUCCACCAGUGGGUGCACGGACUUACGGGACACACGUUUUUUGAAAAUAUUUUUAAAAUAAACAAUCCUAAAUAUAAAUAAUCAAUUCAAUUUCGAAAUACUAUUAAAUAUAUAAUCAAUUAAAUGUAAGGUUAUUUCUAUUAAUAAAAAAUUAUAUAGAAAAUAUA